GUGGCCCCGACCAAGCUCGAUCGAAGCUCUCACCUCUCCUCUCUUCUCUUCUCUUCUUCCGCGACACGUCUUCGCCGCCGCCGCAGCCGCCGUCGGGCGUCGGCUCUCCUCCACUUACCAGAAAACCGAAUCACCGAGAACUUCUCUCUCUAGUAUUCAAGGCGAGAGAUUCCCACCCCGCGAUUCCCUUGCAGGCCGCCAGAUUUGUGGGCCUUGUGGGGGUGGGCGCUCCAUUAAACCCGAGAGAGGGGAGGCACGCGCGCCCGCCGAGGGGCAGCGCAAUGGCGAGGUGGGGCGCCGCUCGGAUGGCGGCGUGCGGGCCGUGGGGCCGCAACCGGAGGGUCGGCGCCGGCGACGCGUUCGAGGCCAGCGAGGUGAGGCGGGACGGGCGCAGCAGGAUGAUGCCCGCGUGCGGGCCGUGGGGGGCGGGCCAUGGCGGCGGGGACCCGGCGCUCGAGAGGGAGCUGUCGCGGGACGGCAGCCACUACAGCAUCUCCAGCGCCAUCCUCCCGUCGCUCGGCGCGCGGAGCAACCGCCGCAUCAAGCUCCGCCGCUUCAUCAUCUCCCCCUACGACCGCCGAUACAGAAUCUGGGAGACUUUCCUCAUAGUUCUUGUAGUCUACUCUGCGUGGGUCUCACCAUUUGAAUUUGGCUUCAUUCCGAAGCCUACGGGGGCUCUAGCUACAGCCGACAAUGUGGUGAAUGCAUUCUUCGCGGUUGACAUCAUUCUGACCUUCUUUGUGGCUUAUUUGGAUAAAAUGAGCUAUAUGCUUGAAGAUGAUCCAAAGAAGAUCGCAUGGCGUUAUAGUACCACAUGGCUUGUUCUUGACGUGGCCUCCACCAUCCCAUCAGAAUUUGCUCGCAGGAUACUACCUUCAAAGCUUAGGUCAUAUGGAUUUUUCAACAUGCUUCGUCUGUGGCGUCUCCGCAGAGUCAGCUCUCUGUUUUCUAGGUUGGAGAAGGAUAGACACUUCAAUUACUUCUGGGUUCGAUGUGCAAAGCUCAUUUGUGUCACACUUUUUGCUGUGCACUGUGCGGCAUGCUUCUACUAUCUUCUUGCUGAUAGGUACCCCGUCCCAACUUCUACGUGGAUUGGCAAUUACAUGGCAGAUUUCCAUGAACGGAGCUUAUGGAUUCGCUACGUAACAUCAGUCUAUUGGUCAAUCACCACUCUUACCACCGUGGGCUAUGGGGAUCUACAUGCAGAAAAUACAAGGGAGAUGAUCUUCAACAUUUUCUACAUGCUCUUUAACCUUGGUUUGACCGCUUAUUUGAUCGGUAACAUGACCAAUUUGGUUGUCCAUGGCACUAGUCGUACUCGAAACUAUAGGGAUACAAUCCAAGCAGCAACAAGCUUUGGAGUAAGAAAUCAGCUACCACCUCGGCUGCAAGAUCAGAUGAUUUCACAUAUUAGCUUAAAAUACAGGACAGAUUCAGAAGGUCUUCAACAACAAGAGAUCCUUGAUUCACUGCCUAAAGCUAUUAAAUCUAGCAUUUCUCAAUAUCUGUUCUUCCAUCUGGUUCAAAAUGUUUACCUGUUUCAAGGAGUCUCAAAUGAUCUGAUUUUUCAACUGGUUUCGGAGAUGAAAGCUGAAUAUUUUCCACCUAGGGAGGAUGUGAUUUUGCAGAAUGAAGCACCCACUGACUUCUACAUCUUAGUUUCUGGUAGUGUGGAGUUAGUAGAGCAGCAAAAUGGUGCAGACCAGGUGAUACAAGUGGCUACGUCAGGAGAGGUUGUUGGAGAAAUUGGGGUUCUUUGCUACAGACCUCAGCUAUUCACAGUUCGAACAAGAUCCUUGUGCCAGUUGUUGCGUUUGAAUCGUACAGCUUUUCUCAGCAUUGUUCAAUCCAAUGUUGGGGAUGGAACUAUCAUAAUGAACAACCUUAUUCAGUUCCUUAAAGAGCAGAAGGAGAACAGUGUAAUGGCUGGUGUCGUAAAGGAGAUAGAGAGUAUGCUAGCUCGGGGAAAUCUGGAUUUGCCAAUUACACUCUGUUUUGCAGUAACUAGAGGAGAUGAUUUUUUGUUGCAUCAACUUCUUAAGCGUGGUAUGGAUCCAAAUGAGUCAGAUAAUGACGGGCAUACCGCACUGCAUAUAGCUGCUUCCAAAGGAAACGAGCAAUGCGUCAGGCUUCUAUUAGAAUAUGGAGCUGAUCCAAAUGCCAGAGACUCAGAAGGAAAAGUUCCACUGUGGGAAGCGCUGUGUGAGAAGCACGCCGCCGUCGUGCAACUAUUAGUCGAAGGCGGCGCGGAUCUGUCGUCGGGUGACACGGGCUUAUACGCUUGCAUCGCCGUGGAGGAGAGCGACACCGAGCUGCUCAACGACAUCAUUCACUACGGAGGCGACGUGAACAGGGCUCGCCGGGACGGGACCACCGCCCUGCACCGCGCCGUCUGCGACGGCAACGUCCAGAUGGCCGAGCUCUUGCUGGAACACGGAGCCGACAUCGACAAGCAGGACGGCAACGGCUGGACCCCGAGAGCCCUCGCCGAGCAGCAGGGCCACGACGACAUCCAGCUCCUGUUCCGGUCGCGCAAGGCGGCGACGGCGAGUGGCCACCAUCACGUCCCAAGCUCCACCACCACCAGGGUGGCGCCGGCGGCGGCGGCGGCAUCACUGAUCGGGAGGUUCAACAGCGAGCCCAUGAUGAAGAACAUGAUCCACGAAGACGCCGACCUGCCCAGCCGGGUUCUCCCCGAGAAGCUCCGGAGGAAGCGGGUCACCUUCCAGAACUCCCUCUUCGGGGUCAUCUCGUCGUCGCAGGCGCAGCGGGAGACCGACCACCCGCUCUCGAGGGGUGGCCUCGCGGCGACGGGCUCCCCGAACCCGAGCAGCGGCAGCCGCAACGCCGUCAUCAGGGUGACGAUCAGCUGCCCCGAGAAAGGGAACACCGCCGGGAAGCUCGUGCUCCUGCCUCAGACGCUGGACAUGCUCCUCGAGCUCGGCGCCAAGAAGUUCGACUUCGCGCCAACCAAGGUUCUCACCGUGGAGGGCGCCGAGGUUGACGAGGUGGAGCUCAUCAGAGACGGCGAUCAUCUUGUGCUCGUCAGUAAUGAAUGGGAUGCAGAGAAGAUGAAAGGCAAGAGCUAGUAAAGGAGUUGUGUGUUUUUUUUUCUUUUUCUUUUUUGGUUGUUUACUGUUGAUUUCCAAGAAAGGGGAGAUAGAAUUUACCCCGGAGUCCAACGGUUAGCUAAGGAAUAACUGGAAAUCAUUGGUAUAGUUAUUCCACCAUGAAGAGAUGGUGAAAUUGAUGGGUUACGUCCGGUGUUCGUAAGUAGAGAAGCGUAAGAAUUUGAUUUUGUUAUAGCGUGUUGUGAUGUUAGCCUGUUUUUGUUUUAGUUGGCAAGUUGAUCUGCUGGCAUGUACAGUUUUACGCUUUUCUAAUUUUUGAAGGAAAAGUCCAAAGAAUGUACCAGUGCUUCAUUAUUAUUCUCA